CAAUGGCACUUUUAGGCGCACAACUAGUCAUCACGCUGAUCAUGGUCAGCGUGAUCCAGAAGCUGAGUCCGCAUUUUUCUCUAGCCAAAUGGAUACUCUGUUCCACGGGUCUGACCCGUUACCUACACCCAACGGACGACGAGCUCCGAAAGUUGUCUGGUGUACCGCGGGAAAAGAGCAAAGGGAAGAAGGACAAACGCAACGGUCACCAUGCGAAUGGCGAGAAAUCGUCCACAUUCCAUAUUCCCCGCAGCUUGGACAUUCAGUUGGACUCGAUUCCGAUCUCGUCGUACGACAUUGUGCAUUUGCGCUUUUACACCGAGUAUCAGUGGCUGGUUGAUUUUAGCUUGUACUCUGUUAUCGUAUAUAUUACAUCCGAGGUGUAUCACUUUUUCUUCCCGCUGAAAGAAGAGAUCAACCUCAGCAUGUUAUGGUGCCUUCUGGUUGUAUUUUUUGCAUUUAAACUUCUAGCGUCUCUUACGGUGCAGUACUUCAAAAGUGAAGAAUCAAUCGGCGAACGAUCGACCUGCAUUGUGACGGGCCUAGCUUACCUGUUGAUCGCCAUGAUAAUCUUGAUCGUUCCCGAACAAACGUUAGAAGUUGGUCUGGAUAAGGCGUACCAUAGCUUUAACGCCAGUGCGUCGAGCUUCCUCGAGGGCCAGGGACUUAAUUCCUCUGGUCCAGCAUCAAAGAUUGUGGUGAAGUUUUUCAUUGCCGUCAGCUGCGGCUUCCUCGGAGCUUUGUUCACCUUCCCUGGAUUGCGAAUGGCGCGAAUGCACUGGGAUUCACUGAAGUUCUGCAAGGAUCGCAUUUGGUUAAAGUUUUUUCUCAACGUCAGCUUCGCUAUGCCGUUUCUGCUGGUUCUUUUGUGGAUCAAACCUCUGUCCCGGGACUAUCUUACUGCACGAGUAUUCUCAGGCAUGAGCUCCCCGAUACUUUCGACGGAAGCAUUUGAAACAAUGCGCCUUGGGGCGGUUGUUGUUGCAGUAGUUUUACGGUUUUUGCUGAUGCCCAUUUACCUACAAGCCUACCUCAAUCUCGCCUACGAUCGCGUAGAAGACCAAAAGAAGGAAGCCGGACGCAUAACGAACGUUGAGCUGCAGAAAAAGAUAUCAUCCAUCUUCUACUACCUGUGUGUGGUGACGCUCCAGUACGUUGCACCGAUCCUGAUGUGUCUGUUCUUUGCGUUAAUGUACAAAACGCUCGGCGAGUACACGUGGGACGGUGUGCUCAAGCAGUCGCUCCCGCUGGACGAGUGUUCCGCCGAUCUCGAGUACGAAAAAUCCAUAUUGGCUACAAUCGCGCGGACCAAAACGAUAAACAUACUCAGCACUGCCCAAAACUUCCACAUGUCGCUGCAAAACCUCAAGCAGGUUUUCACCAAAGAGGUCUACCGCGGGCUGUUUGGCUUUGCCACGUGGUGGAGCUGCUUCAUCUGGUUUGCCGCCAGCUCGCUCGGAAUGGUGUACCAGUCGUACUUUACCAAAUCGUGAAUGGCAUCCACCUGUGACGAACACCACCGAUACGGCGGGUGUAGCGCGGUUGUAAAUAGCCAACAAUCAUCAGCCUCGUCCAGCCGGUUCUCUUCCCGCUUUUAUCUAGAUAUGCAUUUUUUUUCACGCGGCUUGUGUCCUGAGCCAUGCGAACCUUUGUAUCGUUCGCAAGCUGAACCUUCGCGUAUCAGACACUAGUUUUAAACUUUCACUACUGUUUAGUCCCUUUUAGUUUUUCGGUUUUCAUACUAUUGCCUUUAAGCGACACCAAUGCCUUUUUUGUUGUGGUAUUUGUUUGUUUACGUAGAUUUAUAAUUUAUGCGUUUCCAUCGCUUCACCGUAGUGAUUCGAGUAAGAAAGUCAUUAGGAUAGAAAGGAUUUUUUGAACUGUGUCAAUAAAAAGUAAACCGUUUAGC